GAGUUGGUCCAGUUAUGUAGCACAAGUCGUGCACUCUCUAAAUAACUUACAGUCUGUAAAGAAUCUUUGUCUAAAACCUCUGUUUAGCGAACUACCUGUAAAUACACUGUUGGAUUUUGUUUAGGUAGGUAGACAGUUGUUUGAGAUACAUCUGGUGUUUGAGGUACCACAUUAGACUCGAGAAGUGAAACAUACAGUUCCGUACCCAUACUAUUGACACGCGUCUACCCACUAUGAUGCCCAGCGUGGUGGUGUGGGCGUGCCUAGCCACUACUGUGGUGACGGCUGUUCUGGGAGCUUCCAGACACCACCACAGCGGCCAACUAACAACAAGGAGUGGCCUCGACGACCUGUUGGAUCGUUUAGACUCGUCCAUACAGAAGAAGAACAAGAGGCUACAGCGGGGACUACCAACCACCUUCCAGUACCGCACGGAUCGUGGGGCAGAGGAAGAGGAGGACGAGAACACUCCCAUUAUGAGCCAACAUGGCUCCUUCGAGGAACAAUCCACCCACACUGAAGACAUCAAUGACUUCGUCAACACCGCCCCCUGGACCAGACGCCAGCACGAACCCCGACCCAAGCUUGCCAAAGGCGACCUACACAUCUUCAAGCUAGCCUCACAGUACGCCCGCUGGGUCACCACGAACGGCAAGUGCCAGACACCACUGCGCCGAUGCGUUGAAGUGACUUCCCAGGACCAGCAGAGUGCCACGCUCAGGUACUGGCCCCGCUGUGCUCUGUUGCACCGCUGUGGUGAAGACGCUGGCUGCUGCAACUCGGCUGAUAUGACCUGCGCCACAGCAGACUCUGAGAAAGUCAACCUCUACUUCUAUGUCUUUGACUCCGGCCGUGCUGGUGUGCAGGUGUUAACCUUCAAUAACGACACUCGUUGUGCCUGCCAACCACGAUCUGUGUUAUCCACGCCUAAUACCAUCACUCAGGAGUGCAAGUGCCCUCGACACUUCUCACUUUACCUUCGAGAUGGUCAGUGCUCCUGUGAUUGUGACGAUGGUAAUAACAAGUGUCGUCGCCUUAAAAAGGGUCGUCGCUACUUCACCAAUGCUGAUGUCAGCUGUGUGACCAGCGGGGUGUGUACAGAACCUACAUGCGAGUAUGGGCCCUUUCUCCUCCAGCAGAAGCGCUGCUCCAAGCGCAGAGAGAGGGAACACAAUUCUACGCACAGGAAAUAAGUGUCGCCUCUCUUACUCUCCCAACUUAUAAGUUGGAGAUCAGAUGCAAGAUAGCAGCAGCAGAAUAAACAACAAUGAAAACAGCAAGAUAAAUUGCAAUGGAAAUAAACUCUAGUGAACAUUACCCAAAUAUCUGCCUUCAAAUGUGCUAUAUCCGUGAUAUAAGCACAUUUGGACGAAUAAUCAGAAAGAUAAACAUAAUAUUUUAACCUUAACUGAGGUCAUCUAUGCAGAAGAGGGCCUCAAAUGCACGCCGAAAUAUUUAGUUUGUCUCUCCUAUUAUUUUUCCAAAGAGUGAGCUUACAUUGCUCAGCGCAUUACUGCAAUGUCUUCUCAUAUUUUAUAUGUUUAUUACUGUUCUGAAAAACUUAAAUACAAUUUUACAAGAUAUGCAGUAACAUCCUGGAAUUGCCAUACUGAUUACUGUAAUGUCAUAGGAAUACAAAAUAUCCUUAGUAAAAACAAUCAAAGGUUACUCGAAGUACUGAAAUUGUAAUUAUCAUCGGAUAAAUUUCUAGCAUUUCGAAAGUGAACUGAAGCAAAAUUUACCAACAGAUUUUCUAUUUAUUCAAGAAGACGGUAAAGGAGAGUUUCUAGAUGUUUACUUCUUUUAAACUCAGGAAUGUUAAGUAUAGUGUAGAAAUUAAGAAGUUGUGCCAAUGGCAAUUUCUUCUCACUGUUCACACUAUACAUUAUGUACUCAUUCUAUGAUUCUUUAAUGAAGGUAAUAGUCCCAACUGCUAAUUCCCUUAGUUGACAAAUUCGCACACCAACCAAUGGAGUACUUAAAAACCCAAUAAAUUUGUCAUUCCUCCAUUCUGUAGUUAAGAACAUUUGCAAAAUAUAGCCAUUCUUUGUACUAGUGUUUUAUAUAGGACAGUGUUAUUUGUUACAAUCCACAGAUUUGUAAAGUUGGAACACCAGAUACACGACUCGUUCAGAAGUUCAUCCCACACCCCUUCCUUAUGUAUCAAAGCUUUCUCAGUGAAUAUAAGCUUUGUAGUACUCAGUAUACUGCUCAAAUGGGAUAGUGGAGCUUUACAUAUCAUGAUUACUGCAAAAACAAUCAAAAUAAUGACAUGCGUGUUUUAUCAGCUGUUGCUGCAUAUUCUACUGGUCUCACUUAUUUGUGGAAAGCCAAAUUAAGAGCAGGUAAUUAAUUUGUUUCAGUAAUGUAAAUAUACCUACUUGCUAUUUAGAAAUCACACACAAUACUUUCUUAAACAUCGCAAAAUGUCAGUGUGUUUUCUAAGCCAGACAGAAUCCACUUAUAGAUAGGCAACUCAGGAACCAUGUAGUUAUUGUACCAGAGCUGUCAACUACGGAGAUUCAAAUACAACAACGGGGAUCUUAACAGUCUAGUAAUCCUAGAAUUGCUAGUGAUCCUAGCAUUACUUGCAAUUCUAAAAUUGCUAAAGAAUUACUAGUUAUAUACUGUUAUUGUAAAUUUUUAACACAUUCUACAAGUUGUGUUGUACUGUACAGAAUUCUGAACUAAAAUACUCUUAACUGUGGUAAAAAAAUAAAAGUUCCGUAGCCGAACUGAAUCUGAGUGUUGGUUAUAGAAUUGGAAAAAGUGGAAUAAGUUAGAUAUAUUUUUAAUGAACUUUGCUCAACAGUAAUGUAUAUGGAGGCUAGCCAAGGUAAACUGGUAUUUGAGUGUUUCGUCUUAUGCAAAUGAGAAUUAAUAUUUCUUGCUUUACUCACUUUGUGAAAUAUUCAGGCAGCAUUUUUGUGUGUGUCUGUGUGUAUGUGUGGUGUGUGUGUGUGUGUGUGUGUGUAAACUUGACUAGAGAGAUUAAGCCCUGUAGCCUCACCUUGUCACCAAUACCUGAUUAAGUACUGUAAU